AUGAAGAAUACCAUGAAGAGGGCCGGGUUAAGUAAAGGUCUCACUGACGCUAUGAAAACUGCUGCUUUUUUCAGCGUGCUAUCCUUGGCAGUGGAGUUAGUAUACUCUCAGGCUGCGGGAUAUGCUCAAUGCGGUGGACCUAAUUGGACUGGAGCCAGAACUUGCGUUUCUGGAUAUGUUUGUCAAUAUCAGAAUCCGUAUUACUCACAAUGUGUUCCGGGUACAACAACCACUUCAGUACCGACAACUUUGACCACGACAACCAAGACCAGCACCACCACAUCUACAACCUCUAAACCAAACACGUCAACAACUUCAUCUUCAAAAACGAGUCCGACGGUAACCUCAACGGUUCAAUCAUCAUGCACUGCGGCAUUUACUCCAAUUACUGCUUCAGCAGCAUUUGCUGCAUUGAAUCCAGGAUGGAAUCUGGGAAACACCUUGGAUGCUGUCCCAGAUGAAGGCUCUUGGAACAAUCCUGCUGUUAUCGCUGGUACAUUCUCGGCAGUCAAGGCUGAGGGAUUCAAUAGUGUUAGGAUACCAGUAACAUGGGCAUAUCACUUUGUAUCCUCUUCCCCAAGCUGGACUGUUAACACUACUUGGAUGGAUCGAGUUGAAACAGUCGUAGAUCAAGCCCUAGCCACUGGAAUGUAUGUGAUCCUCAAUGUCCAUCACGAUUCCUGGACUUGGGCAGAUGUCUCUGCUUCUGGAGCCAAUCUUACUAUGAUCGAAGAGAAAUUCUCUGCCCUUUGGUUUCAAAUCGGAAGGAGAAUGAGAUGCAAAUCUAGUAAAUUGAUAUUUGAGCCAAUCAACGAACCACCCGGAACAACACAAGAUCACGCGAAUGAAAUUAAUAAACUCAACACUCUUUUCCUCGCAGCUGUCAACCAAGCCGGGGGCUAUAAUCCCCAACGAGUAGUUACACUUUCUGGUCUUCAGAUGAAUUCAGUAUAUACUGAACAAUGGUUUACAAAACCAACAACAUAUACCACUCAACCUUGGGGUUUUCAAUUUCACUACUACUCGCCAUACACGUUCAUUUUUGACGCUUGGGGUGGUACCACCUGGGGAUCUGAUGCCGAUAAAGCCACCUUAACAGAAGACUUUCAACUCUUUGCAGGCAACUUUACCGGUAUCCCAACUUUAAUUGGAGAAUGGCAAGCUACACCCUUGUUCACUGAACCUGCCGCUAGAUGGAAGUACACGGAUUACUUUGUGAAAACGGCUAAGAGUUUUGGUUUUGCUCAUAUACUUUGGGAUAAUGGACUUGAUUUUUUGAACCGCGCUACAAAUACAUGGGAUGAUCCUAUCUCCAUGUCUAUCCUUUUCAACGCUGCCAAAGGGGUCUCGAACUCUCUCGCAGAUAGCACGACAGACCUACUUACCACGUCUCAGAAUUCCUCGGCAAACCUCUUCCACAAAGUCGGCGAUGCAGUCAUCGCACAAUCAGUUCCUUACCUCUUAAAUGGAAACACCUUGUCAUCCAUCAAAACCUCUGCAGGCACAACAUUAGCAACUACCUCGUACAGUAUAUCCUCCGCUGGUGUACUGACCUUUACCCAAGCCUACCUCGCAACCCUAUACUCUUCCACAACUGCGCCCGGCAUUAAGGCCACCCUAACCUUGACAUUUUCCGCCGGCUCUCUCUCACAACUACAAAUCGUACAAUGGGCCACCCCAACCCUCUCUCAAACCUCCUUUAGCAAACAAAGUACUACAGAUCUCACAAUCCCAAUCAACUAUGCGGGAUUACCACAAGUCGCUGCGGUCAAAGCUUUGAAUGCAGAUGGCUCGUAUAUGGUUUCUGGUGAUGCUUGGACUGUAUAUUUGGGACCAUUGCAACAAGCUAGAUGGACUUAUGGAUCUUGGACGAGUAGUAGUGCUGGAUUGACAAUACCUGUUGCUGGUCUGACGGCUAUCAGUAGCACGGGACAGACCAAUAUUUUAACACUUGAGUAUAACCGUCCAUUCACAAAAAAGAAGAGGGUUCGCUAUACUCAUGCUGGUCGUGAAAAUUCUAGCAAACUCUCUGGAAGAAAGUCUUCACGUUUGACACCUUUCAUUGUCGGAAAUUUUCAUUCAUCAAGAUACGAGAAAUUUCGAAAAUGCGCUAUCAAUACAUUUCUUGAGACCGGCUUACCAUGGUUGGAAACCGCAUCACCGAUUUCGAUCGAAGAGUUUGUGCAGCGAAGAAAUAAACUAGCUGUUGCUCUCGAAAUCGAUGGGACAGAUGCGUUUAUUGUUGAGCCAGGAUAUACAUUUCAAUAUUAUGCUAACAUCAGCCAAAUGGAUCGGGAAGCUUGGGAGCCUGAAGAACGACCAUUUCUCAUGAUCAUAAUGCUUCGGUUUGAUACUAAUUCGAGCCAAACUGUUGCAAAGACAACUUUCUUAGCUCCCAAUUUCGAGGAAGGAAGGGUAAGAAUGCUUGGUAUGCUAUUUGAAGAAGACCUGAGUAUUGUUACAUGGGAGGAACACUGGAAUCCUUACUCAACACUUUUGGACAGCUGGCACAUGGCCGAAGGUAGGGACCAUAUCCCUACUAAACCAAAAGUAAUGGUCGAUAAAGAGAUGAGGGACUUCAUACAGAGAGGACUUGGCGAAAAUGAGUUCGAGGUGUUAGGACUAGCUGGCAGUGUGAAACGAGUCAGGCAAACGAAAACAGUUGGCGAGGUAAAUAUUAUGAGAGCAGUCAAUACUGGAACAGUCGAGGCAUUACGAGAUAUGCGGAAGUGUAUGGUAUUGGGCUUGACCGAAAAUGAGGUCAUGAAUGGUCUUGACAGUACAAUGGGAGCUGGUAAAAUGGAACCAUUCUUUGACAUUGUGCUUUUUGAUGAGAAUGCCGCAAUGCCACAUGGUGGGCCUGAUGGAAGUAAAGUUCUAGAAAAAGAGACUCUCGUGUUAAUUGACGUUGGUGCUCACUUGUAUGGGUAUUCUUCAGAUAUUUACAUCGCGGCUCGGGAUGUCAUCGCCGAUGCUGAUUAUGAGAAAGCAUUCACCCAUCGUGUUGGACAUGGAAUUGGUAUCAAGGCGCAUGAGAGUCCUUAUUUGAAUGAGGGAAACUUUGAAGAGAAGUUGCACGCAGGUAUAGCGUUUACACAUGAGCCUGGAGUGUAUCUUAAGGUGAGGUGUGGCGUGAGGCAUGAAGAUGUAUUUCUCGUGAAAGAGGACGGAGAAACAGAUAUCUUGACAGGUUCCAGGAAGCUUGAGAAGCUUUUAUCCGAAGCCCGAAGCAAGCGGUUGCGAUAUGCUGUACAAGCUUGCCGAUUGAGUCCUCAAGGCAUCUGGCACAAAGAUACCGAGCAUGCACGAUCUGCAGCCAGUGAUGGCCUCAAUAACGUUCAGGACGAUAUCUAA